GGAACGUAUAAAUUGUAGCUUUCUUCUGAAAGUCCUCUGUUCAAAAAGUCUACCGGCAAAGACACUAUGAAAUUCUUCUUGCUCUUGGCAUUCCUGGGCGCAGCAGCUGCUGUCCCAGAGGACGAUGAUGAUAAGAUUGUGGGGGGCUACACGUGCGCCAGGAACUCCGUCCCUUACCAGGUGUCACUGAAUGCCGGGUACCACUUCUGCGGGGGUUCCCUCAUCAACGAUCAGUGGGUUUUGUCUGCUGCCCAUUGCUACAAAUCCCGUAUCCAAGUGAGGCUUGGAGAGCACGACAUUAUGCAGACGGAAGGAGGCGAGCAGUUUGUCGACUCGGAAAGAGUCAUUCGCCAUCCCAAGUACAAUUCCUGGCUCUUGGAUAACGACAUUAUGCUCAUCAAGCUGUCACAGCCGGUCGGCCUCUCCUCCCAAAUCGCACCCAUCACUCUGCCCCACGGAUGUGCUGCUCCCGGCACCGAAUGCCUCAUCUCAGGGUGGGGGAACACCCUCAGCAACGGUGUUAACUACCCGGACCUUCUGCAGUGUGUGGAGGCGCCCAUCUUAAGUGAGGCGGAGUGCGAAACGGCUUACCCGGGGCAAAUCACCAAUAAUAUGAUCUGUGUGGGAUACUUGGAGGGCGGCAAAGACUCCUGCCAGGUGAGACGGCUCUCCAUUCCGUUCUGCUUUGAGACGAGGGAUUCGGAACACUGGCUAGUCACGAAUCAUAAAAAAAGAAGCACUAAGUUGCAUUUGAAAACUGGCACGGCUUAGUCAGGAGUGAAGAGGCGGGUUCUAAAUCAGCAAAAUGGUUAACUUUUUGCAACCCACAGCAGCUUACAUCGUUCUCCUCUGCUCCACUUUAUCCACAACAACCCUGUGAGGUGGGCUGAGUGUUUGUGGGGCCCUGCCAGGUCUAGGUACAAAUUACUAAACACAGAGAAGGGUAUUAUUGUUACCUCUCGGCUGGUGAUUUUU